AUGAGUAUUAAUGAAGAUGAAGUAGAAACGUUUCUGGAGAACCAUCCGGAUUUUGCUAAGCGAUAUUUCGAGAGGAAAUGGCUGGACAGGACCUCGUCUGCAGUAGCGUGCUCCAGUCAACACUCAGAAGAUUUCGUGGGGUUUGGAGGGUUGGGCCAGGAGGAGAGUGAAACACUAUUGGAGCUGAUACAAGACAUGCAAGAAAGCAUCAACAUGGAGACGGUGGUCUUCAAGACCCUGAGAAGAAUCAGUGCUCUGAUCCGUGCUGACCGCUGCAGCCUCUUCAUGUACAGGCAGCGAAAUGGCACACCGGAGCUGGCUACUCGGCUGUUCAACGUUCAUAAGGAGAGCACAAUGGAAGAAUGCCUGGUGCCACCUGACUGCGAAAUAGUUUUCCCUUUGGACAUGGGUGUGGUGGGUCAUGUUGCUCAGAGCAAGAAGACUGCAAACAUCCAAAAUGUUGAAGAGUGCCAGCAUUUUAGUACUUUUGUUGAUGAACUCACGGAAUACACUACAAGGAACAUCCUUGCAACCCCAAUCAUGAAUGGCAAAGAUGUGGUUGCUGUGAUCAUGGCAGUGAAUAAGGUCGGAGGUCCAUUUUUCAGCAGCGCGGAUGAAAGUCUUUUCCUGAAGUAUCUCAAUUUUGCCUCUUUGAACCUGAAAAUUUAUCACCUGAGCUAUCUUCACAACUGUGAAACUCGAAGAGGUCAGGUUUUGCUGUGGUCUGCCAAUAAGGUAUUUGAAGAACUGACUGACAUUGAGAGACAAUUCCACAAAGCGUUUUACACAGUGAGAGCAUAUUUGAACUGUGACAGGUAUUCAGUAGGCCUUCUGGAUAUGAACAAGCAAAAGGAAUUCUUUAACUUGUGGCCAGUUCUAAUGGGUGAAGUUCCACCUUAUUCAGGACCUCAGACUCCAGAUGGUAGAGAGAUCGUCUUUUACAAAGUCAUUGAUUAUAUCUUGCAUGGAAAGGAAGAAAUUAAAGUUAUCCCAAAUCCUAAGGAAGACCAUUGGUCCCUGGUUAGUGGGCUCCCAACAUAUGUUGCAGAAACUGGUUUUAUUUGCAACGUUAUGAACGCAGCUUCGGAUGAAAUGUUCACAUUUCAGGAAGGUCCUAUUGAUGAAUCAGGAUGGAUCAUCAAAAACGUUCUCUCCAUGCCAAUAGUUAACAAAAAAGAAGAAAUUGUAGGGGUUGCUACAUUUUACAACAGAAAAGAUGGAAAGCCCUUUGACGAACAGGAUGAAACCCUAAUGGAGUCUCUGACACAGUUCCUUGGCUGGUCUGUGCUCACUACUGAUACUUACGAUAAGAUGAAUAAACUGGAGAAUCGAAAGGAUAUUGCCCAGGAUAUGGUGCUCUACCAUGUGCAAUGUGACAAGAACGAAAUCCAAGCAAUCCUGCCAACUCGAGAGAAGCUUGGCAAAGAGGUGGCUGAAUGUGAUGAGGAAGAGCUGACAGCAGUUCUACAAACAGAGCUUCCAGAUCCUGCACAGUUUGAAAUCUACGACUUUCACUUUUCUGAUCUGGAAAGGACUGAACUAGACCUCGUGAAAUGUGGCAUUCAGAUGUACUACGAACUUGGAGUGGUGAAAAAAUUCCAGAUUCCACAGGAGGUGCUGGUGAGAUUCAUUUAUUCUGUCAGCAAGGGUUACAGAAGGGUGACUUAUCACAACUGGCGCCACGGCUUCAACGUUGCACAAACCAUGUUCACACUUCUUAUGACAGGCAAGCUGAAGCAGUACUACACGGAUCUUGAAGCACUCGCCAUGGUAACUGCAGCUUUGUGCCAUGAUAUCGACCAUCGAGGAACCAACAAUCUUUAUCAGAUGAAAUCGCAACAUCCCUUAGCAAAACUUCAUGGCUCCUCAAUUCUAGAGAGGCACCACUUGGAAUUUGGCAAAUUUCUGCUCUCGGAAGAGUCCCUGAACAUUUACCAGAAUCUCAACCGGAGGCAGUUUGAACACGUGAAUCACUUGAUGGAUAUUGCCAUUAUAGCUACUGACUUAGCAUUGUACUUCAAGAAGAGAACAAUGUUUCAGAAAAUUGUUGAUGAAGCCAAAGCCUAUGACAAUGAAAAAGAGUGGGUUGAAUAUUUAUCUCUGGAGGCAACGAGAAAAGAGAUUGUCAUGGCUAUGAUGAUGACUGCCUGUGACUUAUCUGCUAUCGCAAAGCCCUGGGAAGUACAGAGUAAGGUGGCGCUACUUGUAGCAGCUGAAUUCUGGGAACAGGGAGACAUGGAAAUAUCUGUCCUUCAGCAACAGCCUAUUCCUAUGAUGGACAGAAAGAAAGCUGCGGAGCUUCCAAAACUUCAAGUCGGUUUCAUUGACUUUGUGUGCACAUUUGUAUAUAAGGAAUUUUCACGCUUCCAUGCAGAAAUCCAGCCAAUGUAUGAAAGAUUGCUGAACAACAGAAAAGAGUGGAAAGCCCUGGCAGAUGCAUAUGAUGCAAAAAUGAAAGUCUUGGAGGACGAGCAAAAGAAAGAAGCAGAGAAAAUGGUUGCCACUAAAGUUGCUUCUGCCGAACUGGCUAAUAAAACAGCUGAAAAACCCAGCAAGCCUCAGAGAAGGGUGCUCCUUGGCAGAGAUUGUGAGCCUCCAUGGAGGGACGGCCAUGUGCUGAUACUACUGGCCUUAUAUAAAACAGCCUGUAAGGGUUUUCAGCUGAAUAAAUUCCAGCUAAUUGGCUGCACAGAAAGCUGUGUUGUCACAGAAUCCAGGCCAAAGCAGAUCAUUGAACUUACUGAAAAAGCCAAAGGAAGCAAAAACUGA